AUGCAGCGCGCAUUGAGCUCACGGGCGAGAGCUACCGCUCUGUCCUCUGUCGCCUCCCGUUAUCGCGCCGGUGCUGGUCUCAGCCAGCAGCUCCGAUUUGCUCACAAGGAGCUCAAGUUUGGCGUCGACGGCCGCGCCGCUCUCCUGGCUGGUGUUGAUACCUUGGCCAAAGCCGUCGCUACUACCCUCGGUCCCAAGGGUCGAAAUGUCCUCAUUGAGUCCAGCUUCGGCUCCCCCAAGAUCACCAAGGAUGGUGUCACUGUCGCCAAGGCCGUCUCCCUGAAGGACAAGUUCGAGAACCUCGGUGCCCGCUUAUUACAAGAUGUGGCCUCCAAGACCAACGAUGUUGCCGGUGACGGCACUACCACCGCAACUGUCCUCGCCCGAGCUAUCUUCUCCGAGACUGUCAAGAACGUUGCUGCUGGCUGCAACCCCAUGGAUCUCCGCCGGGGUAUCCAGGCUGCUGUUGACUCCGUUGUUGAGUACCUCCACAAACACAAGCGCGACAUCACCACCAGCGCUGAGAUUGCUCAGGUCGCCACUAUCUCUGCCAACGGUGACCACCACGUUGGCCAGAUGAUUGCCAAUGCCAUGGAGAAGGUUGGCAAGGAGGGCGUCAUCACUGUCAAGGAGGGCAAGACUAUGCUGGAUGAGCUCGAGGUUACCGAGGGUAUGCGCUUCGACCGCGGUUUCGUCUCUCCUUACUUCAUCACCGACACCAAGGCCCAGAAGGUCGAGUUUGAGAAUCCAUUGAUUCUUCUUUCUGAGAAGAAGAUUUCCGCCGUCCAAGACAUCAUCCCCGCCCUGGAGAUCUCUACGCAGACCCGCCGCCCUCUUGUCAUCAUUGCUGAGGAUAUCGAGGGCGAGGCUCUUGCUGUCUGUAUUCUGAACAAGCUUCGUGGCCAGCUCCAGGUUGCUGCUGUCAAGGCUCCCGGUUUCGGUGACAACCGCAAGUCUAUCCUUGGUGACAUUGGUGUCUUGACCAAGGGUACAGUUUUCACUGAUGAGCUGGACAUCAAGCUCGAGAAGGCCACCAUUGACAUGCUCGGCUCCACUGGCUCUAUCACCAUCACCAAGGAGGACACCAUUAUCCUCAACGGAGAGGGAACCAAGGAUGCCAUCUCUCAGCGCUGCGAGCAGAUUCGUGGAGUCGCUGCUGACCCCACCACUUCUGAAUACGAGAAGGAGAAGCUCCAGGAGCGUUUGGCCAAGCUCUCCGGCGGCGUUGCUGUCAUCAAGGUGGGUGGUUCUUCCGAGGUUGAGGUUGGCGAGAAGAAGGACCGCUUCGUCGAUGCUUUGAACGCUACACGGGCCGCCGUUGAAGAGGGUAUCCUGCCAGGUGGUGGUACCGCCCUGAUCAAGGCCUCUGCUCAGGCACUGCAUGACGUCAAGGCCGCCAACUUUGACCAGCAGCUUGGCGUCAACAUUGUUAAGAACGCCAUCACCCGGCCUGCUCGCACUAUUAUUGAGAACGCCGGCAUGGAGGGCUCCGUUGUCAUUGGUAAGCUCACGGAUGAGCACGCGGCCGAUUUCAACAAGGGUUUCGACAGUGCCAAGGGUGAGUACGUUGACAUGAUCCAGGCCGGUAUCCUUGAUCCCCUCAAGGUUGUCCGCACUGGUCUCAUUGACGCCAGUGGUGUUGCUUCCCUUCUGGGUACUACUGAGGUUGCCAUUGUUGAGGCUCCUGAGGAGAAGGGACCCGGUGGCCCUCCCAUGGGAGUCUACGUCUCGAACCCCUCAGUCGCACACUUUCUGCUGAUCUACACCGCAAUCAUGGUCAGUUCAGGUGCGGCCGUCUCCGAGGAAGCCGUCGCUGCGACUAAGGAAGUAGGCAAGAAGUACAAGUACGCCAUCCUCCACUACGUUAACGACCAGUUUGAACUCGAGGAGGCUUCCGACGACAAGAACUAUGAGAACUUCGCAAACAAGCUUAUAAACUGCAAAAGCAAGUCUAGAAAGAAGGAGUUUCCAGGCACCCGAUUUGCCUACUAUAACUUUAUUUACGAUACCGAGGACGGGCGUGUCGCGAAUUCGACGGUUUUUUUCCUCUGGAGCCCUGAUGUUCAGGAUCCCUUUUAUCCCUGGGUCAGGGUCCCAUACACUUCCGCCGUUGACGUGAUAAAACAAAAAACUCUUUCGACUAUGAGGGAAAUUCACGACCCGGCGCAACUCUUGGAUAUGAAUGAGAUGCUCAAGUUGGCCAGCACGCCCAGCGCCCAGGCGGUGCGACUACAUGAAGACUAA